AUGGGGACAAAAGAAAUAGAUGUAAUAGGCAUAACCUCCCAGUUCUCAGCUGAUCUGCCUGGUUGUUCGACUAUUAUCACUGGUGAUGUGAAAGGUAAGGAAGGUGAAUUAGAAAGGCUUCUGUCAUCCAGGAAAAAGAAGAAUGUUUUUUCUGAGGACUUCUACAUUAAUGCAACAGUCAACUGUCAAGUUUACGUUGAAGAAAGAGGUUUCAUCACAGCUCCUCUCAGUGAGGAAGAGAAAGAUUUCCCCAUUGCAUACUCCAUGGUGAUCCAUGACAAGAUUGAGAUGUUUGAGCGGCUUCUACGAGCUGUUUAUGCUCCUCAGAACAUUUACUGUGUACACGUGGACCAGAAAUCCUCUGCAUCAUUCAUGAAGGCUGUGGCUGCGAUUGCUUCAUGCUUUCCUAAUGUGUUUGUAGCCAGUAAAUUAGAAAGAGUGGUAUAUGCCUCGUGGUUCAGAGUACAGGCAGAUCUGAAUUGCAUGAAAGAUCUGCUAAAUACUCACAUCAACUGGAGGUACCUGCUUAACACCUGUGGGACAGACUUCCCCAUCAAAACAAACAGAGAGAUGGUGAGGGCACUGAAGUUUCUCAAUGGGAGGAACAGCAUGGAGUCUGAGGUGACUUCUGGCUGCAAGAAAGGUCGUUGGCAGUAUCACCACAAUGUCACCAACAGUGUUAUCGGCACAUAUGUGUGGAAAAGUGCCCCACCAAUCAGCAUCCCCAUGUUCUCAGGAAAUGCCUACUUUGUGGUCACAAGAGCUUUUGUGGAACAUGUGUUGGAGGACAGAGAGGUUCAGAAGUUUCUGGAGUGGGAGAAGGACACAUACAGCCCUGAUGAGCACUUGUGGGCCACCCUGCAGAGGAUGCCCUCUGUUCCUGGGUCAAUGCCCCCAAAUGGGAAGUAUGACAUGUCAGACAUGCUAGCUUUGGCUCGGGCAGUGAAGUGGUCGUAUUCAGCAGGAGAUAUGAAUAAGGGAGCCCCAUAUUACCCAUGCACUGGUGUUUAUAGAAGAUCUAUUUGUGUGUAUGGAGCGGGUGACCUCCCAUGGCUCCUGAAACAACACCACCUGUUUGCAAAUAAGUUUGAUCCAGAGGUUGAUGAUGUUGCCAUAAGGUGUCUGGAAUCAGUGCUGCGUUUCAAAGCUUUAGGUCAUGAUCCACUGUCCACUAGGAAAAUGUGA